GGCCCUGGCGAACCGCGCAGCUGGAGGACAUGGCCACUUCCCGGUUACCCCCAGCGACGCUAACGCUAAAGCAGUUUCUGAGAAGGCAACAAGUUCUCCAACUCUACAGAAGGAUUUUGCAGGCAAUUCGGCAAGUUCCGAAUGAUUCUGAUCGCAGAUAUCUGAAGGACUGGGCAAGGGAAGAAUUCAAAAGAAACAAAAGUGUCACUGAAGAGGACGCAAUCCGGAUGAUGAUUACUCAAGGCAAUAUGCAGCUCAAGGAGUUAGAAAAAACACUUGCUUUAGCCAGAUCUUAACUAUAGCAUUAUUCUGCAAGAUUUCCGAAGUCUCCAUGUGUUCAGGUUGAGCUUAGGCUCAACAAUGGGCAGCCCAAAGCCAAGUGAAACUGUAUAUAGAGCCCUUGGGCAAACUCUCAGAACAUGAAGCACGGCAGAUCAGAGGGAGCCAAGAAAAGUGCACCAGAGCAAAUGCCUUAGCACUGCAAAACAGACCCUGUAUUUUGAAAAUGUUUCUGGAUGUGUCACCAGUUUUUGUAAGCAGCAAAAAUCAGUACAACAGAUGGUCAGCACAUAAAAAGAUGUUCAAACGGUUAAUUACCAGGGAAAUACAAAUCAAAACCACCAUGAGAUACUAUUCGCAUCCACUAGAAUGGCUAUAAUUAAAAAGGUAGGUAAUAACAAAUGUUGGUGAAGAUGUGGAGAAACUGAAACCCUUAUACACUGCUGGUGGGACUAUAAAAUUGUGCACCCACUUUGGAAAACCAACUGUCAGUUGCCCAAAAGGUUAAACGGUAUUACUCAUAAUAGCCAAAAAGUAGACAAUCCAAAUGCCCAUCAACUGAUUAAUGGAUAAAUAAAAUGCAUAACCAUAUAAUAAAGUAUUAUUUAGCAAAGAAAAGGCAAUGAGGUACGGAUACAUGUUACACAUGGAUGAACCUUGAAAACAUUAAGAGGCCAGUCACAAAAGAUCACAUAUUGUAUGACUCCAUUUAUAUGAAAUGCAUAAAAAAAAGGCAGAAAGAUUAGUGGUUGCCAAGGGCUGUGGAUGGACUGGAGAGUAAGUGCCAACGGCUAUGGGGUCUCUUUUUGGGAUGAUGAAAAUACUCAAGUUAGACUGCAGUGUUGGUUGCACAACUCUGAAUAUACCAAAAUCUAUUGAAUUGUACAUUUUACAUGUAUGGGAUGUGAAUUAUAUCUCAAUAAAGCUGUUGUUCCCCCUA